AGGGGAGAAUAAAGUUUUAUUCGGGGAGGGGGAAGCCGGCCGUCCUCUCCCAGGAACGAGCUGCUGGAUGUAAAAGGAAAGUAGGUCGUGCGCACAGAAAAUGCCUCUAAGGGACAAGUGUUGUCAGACUGACCACCAUCACCAUGGAUGCUGUGAACCAGUGCAUCUGUUGGAACCUGGUGAUCCGCCGUUAUUACAGCAGCCUCUACAAACAUCAAAAUCCGGCAUUCAACAAAUCAUUGAGUGUUUUCGAACAGGAACUAAACAACUUAAACAUAUCUUGUUAAAAGACGUGGAUACCAUUUUUGAGUGUAAAUUGUGCCGGAGUCUCUUCAGAGGGUUACCAAAUUUAAUUACUCAUAAAAAGUUUUAUUGUCCUCCAAGUCUCCAGAUGGAUGAUAACCUCCCAGAUAUAAAUGAUAAACAGAGUCAAGCCAUAAAUGAUCUCCUGGAAGCGAUCUAUCCAAGGGUAGAUAAGCAAGAAUAUGUAAUUAAAUUGGAACCUAUAGAAACUAAUCAGAAUGCUGUGUUUCAAUAUGUAUCAAGGACUGAUAGCCCAGAUGAGAACAUAGAAAGUAGUAGUACCCCUGAUCAAGCUCCAGUACAGAUACAGGAACCCAGCACUGAGCAACCCAAGACUGUUUCAGCUCCAGCCCCAGUCCCAGCUGGGGAGACUGUAGAAUUACCGCCUGCUGAUCCUGUUACAAACAAGGUGAUACCUACUCCUGAAGAACAGCCUCCAGCAGUAAAUCCUGAGUUGGACUCUCUGGAUAAUUCUGAUUUUGGCCACCAGUUGAUAUGUUGCCUUUGUAGGAAAGAAUUUCAUUCAAGACGCAGUGUACGUCGGCACAUUCGAAAAGUGCACAAAAAAAAGAUGGAAGAGCUAAAGAAGUACAUAGAAACAAAAAAGAAACCAAAUCAGUGCUCCGCGAAAGGACGAAAUAAGAAUGUUCUUGUCACAUUAGGUAGAAGUUGUCCUGUAUGUUAUAAAUCAUUUGCUACAAAAGCCAACGUAAGGAGGCAUUUUGAUGAAGUUCAUAGAGGAUUAAGAAGGGAUUCCAUUACUCCUGAUAUAGCUACAAAGCCUGGGCAACCUUUGUUCUUGGAUACAGUUUCUGCUAAAAAAUCUUUUAAGACCCGAAAACAAAAGUCGUCUUCAAAGGCUGAAUACAAUUUAACUGCAUGCAAAUGCCUUCUGUGCAAGAGAAAAUAUAGUUCACAAAUAAUGCUGAAAAGGCACAUGCAAAUUGUUCACAAGAUAACUCUUUCUGGAAAGAACUGUAAAAGAGAGAAAGGACCCAACAAUACUGCCAAUGGCACAGAAAUAAAAGUAAAAGUUGAACCAGCAGAUUCUGUAGAACCUUCACCCCCUUCCAUUGCCCUUUCUCCGCAGAGUGAAUUAAAGGGAACAAAUCAUUCAAAUGAGAAAAAGAGCACACCGUCAGCACAGAAAAAUAAAGUUAAACAGGACCCUGAAAACCCUAAAUCAACUUCCAAAUCAACCACUAAAUCAACCUGUAAAUCAACCACUAAAUCAACUAAAUCAACCAAUGCAUCUGCUGCAGGUGGCCAGCAAAAAACCAGGAAGCCAAAACUUUCAGCUGGCUUUGACUUCAAGCAGCUUUACUGUAAACUCUGUAAACGCCAAUUUACUUCUAAACAGAACUUGACAAAACACAUUGAAUUACACACAGAUGGAAAUAACAUUUAUGUUAAAUACUACAGGUGUCCACUCUGCUCUUAUGAAACACGUCGCAAACGUGAUGUGAUAAGGCAUAUAACUGUAGUUCAUAAAAAGUCACCACGCUACCUUGGGAAAAUAACUGCAAGUUUAGAAAUUAGAGCAAUAAAAAAGCCAAUUGAUCUUGUUCUAAAUAAGGUGACAAAAAGAGGCCCUCAGAGGGAUGAAACAAAACAGAUUGGUUCAAAACAGGAUGUCACCUCUAAUUCUCCCAAUAAAAAGUAUGAAGGAGCUGAUGUUGGCAUUGAAGUAAAAGUAACAAAAAACUUUUCUCUGCACCGAUGCAAUAAAUGUGGGAAAGCAUUUGCCAGAAAAGCUUUUCUAGAACAUCAUAAGAAAACCCACAAAGCAAAUGUAUCUCAUUCACCUGAAGAAAAUAAAACCAAAGGCAGAAGUACAAGAUCUAAAGCUGUUGUCUGGUGAGGAAAAAGAAAAAGUGUUUUGUCUUUUUUUUUUUUUUUCCCUUUUCAAAAAAACAAA